UGUAGCAUGCGAUUACUAAUGCAGUAAAAAUGUUGUAAAUGAGAAUUACCCAAAAUUACGACGCGAGCGAGAGCCGAAUAACAGCCUUUUUGUAAAAGCAAUAAUCGUCUAAUUUAAUAAAAACUUUUAUAUUUUACAAUGUUAUAUUGCUAAUGAAGUGCCUAAAUAUUUUGAUGGUUUUUUAUAAUUAGUGCAUUUAAUGCUAUAGUGAUGUCGAAGAACAAAAUCGCCGCACGGAUAGACAGUCAAAAUGUUGAAGUCAAAACUAAGUUUGACGCAGAAUUCCGGCGGUUCUCCCUCAACCGCUCAGAGAAGCUCAAGUACGAGGACUUCAAGGCUCUGAUCGAGAAGCUCCACAGACUCCAUGACGUCACAUUCCUCAUCUCGUACACGGACCCUCGGGAUGGGGACCUGCUGCCCAUCAACAAUGAUGAUAACUUCGCGCGAGCGCUGCUCACGGCGCGCCCGCUGCUCAGGGUCAUCAUACAGAGGAAGGGUGACAGCCUCGAAGAGCUCAAUGGGUACGGUACGAUGCGGCACCGGAACUUCAUCUCAUCCAUCCUGAGCGGCACGCCCGCGAAGAACAAGGGCCUGGCCAUAUCCAACCCGCACGACUUUAGAAUGGUGUCAGCUAUCAUCGACGUGGACAUAGUGCCUGAAACGUGUCGGAGGGUCAAAUUGCUCAAGCAUGGCUCGGAUCGACCGCUAGGAUUCUUCAUAAGGGACGGCACGUCGGUGCGCGUGACGCCGGGCGGCGUGGAGCGCGCGCCCGGCAUCUUCAUCUCGCGCCUCGUGCCCGGCGGGCUCGCCGAGUCCACCGGCCUGCUUGGCGUUAAUGAUGAGGUGCUGGAAGUCAACGGGAUCGACGUGUGCAACAAGACGCUAGACCAGGUGACGGACAUGAUGGUGGCCAACUCCUCCAAUCUCAUCAUCACCGUCCGCCCCGCCAACCAGCGCGCCGGGCCUCCCCCGCCGGCCACGGCGUCGCAGCCUAGCUCCGAGCCCGACGACGACAGGUUCGACCAAGACGAGCAGGAUGAGAUCGUAGACCUGACGGCCGUCACCCUCGAGGAACCGGAGACCUUCCCCUUACCCAGCAAGGACGACGGCCAGGUCCUACACCUGUAGUGCAGUGUAAAGUGAGGUCUACAGUGCAUUCAAGGUCUACACCUGUAGAGUGAGGUCUAUAGCGCAGUAAGGUCCCUACACCUGUGGCGCAAAUGCAUAGUUAAGUCUACAGUGCAUUCAAGGUCUACACCUGUAGUGCGCAAUGAGGUCUACAGUUCAGUAAGGUGCUACACCUAUAGUGCAGUGCACAGUGAGGUCUACAGUGCAUUCAAGGUCUACACCUGUAGUGUACAGUGAGGUCUACAGUGCAUUCAAGGUCUACACCUGUAGUGUACAGUGAGGUCUACAGUGCAUUCAGGGUCUACACCUGUAGUGUGCAGUGAGGUCUACGGUCUGCGACCCAGCUGCUGUGUCUCUAGUGUGUGUAGUCCACAGUGCAGUGCAACUAAGUGCUACAGCCUACAUCAGUGCAGUGAUUAUAAUGCAGACAUAACCUACACCUUUUAAACGCCACGCGCGUCGCGUCAUCGUCAAUAUUGUCGAAAUGCACGAAAGUCGAUAUCGUCAGUCAACGUAAAAAUUAAAUGGUUCUACAGACAGCCUUACUACAGAUGUAGGCGAAAAGGUUUUCCUUCGCAUUUUUCCGGAAACGUUCGUAUUUGCAAAGACAUAUCGUCACUACUUUAAAAAAAUC